AUGGGCUCAAAAGCUGAGCUAGGAAAGCCGCUUAUCCUUGGGGGGAGCGGCCAAAGCCAAAGCGGCUCUCCGGAUGCUUCUCCUGUAGUCCUUUGGCUUCACGGCUUUGGGGAUUCUCCAGGGGGAUGGGCAACCGCUUUGCAGCCCUUCAGGACCUCAAUUGAUGCAGACUGGCGAUGGAUCCAUUUGUGUGCCCCUUUGCUGCCGCAGCCGUGCUUUGCAAAUCGCAAAUUGAGAGCCUGGGGACAGUUCAAAACCCAAGAGCGCAUUCGAGUAGGUUCCGUUGACUAUGCAGAUGAAGAUAUUGUUGGUGCAUAUGCGUCUUCCGUAGAAGCAGUGCUUUCAGAACUGCAGAAAUUGCAAGAAAGUGUGCCUGCAAAUCGUUUGCUAAUCGGAGGCUUUUCCCAGGGCGCAGCUGUUGCCUUGGAGUGCGCGCUGCGACAUCCACAUGCUUUGGCCGGUUGCAUAGUUCUGUCAGGUUGGGCAAGGCCUCCAGCAAGAGACUUGCUGGCAAGCUGCAAGCUAACAGAUCAAUGUCAGGGCGUGACAAAGACUCCUUUUUUGCUUUGCCAUGGCGAAUCUGACGACAUGGUCGACAUUGGUUGUGCUGAAGCUGCUGCCGAGAUGUUGCGAGAUGCAAAUUUGCCAGUUCAGUUUCAUAAGUAUCCUGGACUCAAGCAUGAGCCAUGUCCUGAUCUUCUAAAUGUUGUAGUUGAAUUUAUGUGUAGAAAUCUUGACCACCCAAUUCCCAGUGUUAUCAGUUGGGACAAUGAAAGCGAAUCAGCUUCAGAAGAAACGCUGAUGUAUGUUUCAAAAAUCCAGUUGGAAACUCUUCAACGGCAAGCAACAGCUGGGUGCAUCGACAAAUCUUCCAUUGAAGAGUUGCUUGAUCCAUCUACUUUAGCUGACACAGAAGUCCUUGUGCCAAUACUUGUGCAGCCAAAAGAAUUGUUGUCCACGCCACCUUCAACAGCGAUCAAAGCCAUCGCAGAGAGUGCCAAAGGAACACGAGAAACGAGUGGCAGUACAGGCCUUGCAGAAAUAACAGUUCAAGAGUGGCGCCGCUUGCGCGACGACAGCAUUGGAGAGCAAGGUGAAGAAGAGGCCUUGAGCAACGACGAAGAGACCGAAGGCGAAAGCGCUGAAAAUGAGGCAGGCGGGGAAUCUGACGAAUCUGAACAGGAGCCACCACAGAAAAGGCCUCGAGUAGAAGCUGCUUCUAGCAGCACAGGAGCAGGACAGCCAGAUCGAUGA